CCGAUACGACCAACAUCACACCACGUGCUCAUUUACUCAACGUCAAAUCAUCCCCGUAUGGCCUACAGUAACUCACUCCACCUAAAACAUUUAUUCCAUCCAUUUUUUUUUUCUAUAACAAACUAAAUAACACAUUCCGUCUAAACCUAGUGAUUAAUUACUUUACAAAUUACCAGCCAAAAAAAAUUUUAUGUGAUUACAAGUGUAAUUAAGUAUUCAUCUAUUAAUCACCAAUCAAAUUAAAAAAAACCGCACACUUAUCGCAUUUGAUAGCAUAAAGUUUAUUUUGAAAAAUGAUUUGUCGUCAAGUUGCAUCAACUUUAACGACAAUCGUCCUGUUAAUUUCAUUCAUCUCCUACGGAGAUGCAGUCGUUUGUUACGAAUGUAACAGCGCAUUCGAUCCAAGAUGCGGUGAUCCCUUUGAUCCUUACAGUCUUGGUACAGUAAAUUGCAGUUUCCAAGAGCGUCUUGAGCACAUUAACACAAUUGAGCCGACAAUCUGCCGUAAAAUUUCCCAGAAAGUUUACGGUAAAAUAAGAGUGGUAAGAGGCUGCGGAUUCAUAACAGAUGUAAGAGAUGACGCCGAGUGUGUAAGAAGAAGCGGUACCCAUGACGUAAUGGCGUAUUACUGCUCAUGUACUACAGAUCUUUGUAACAAUUCAAAUUACGUAAUACCCAAUUUUGGAUUACUGCUGUCUAUUUUUAGUAUUGUCUUUAUUUGGACAAUUAAUUAGAGAACCGUCCCACAUAUCAACUGAAUACUAUUAAAAUAAUAAAUAUUUUAAUUAAUUAAUUAAAUAAAUAAAACAGAUAACUAAAAAAUCCAUUUAAUUAAUUAAAUUAGCCGUUAAGUAAAUGAAUGUUUUUAUGAUCAGAACAGGCGCG